CGGCCCAGCCGGGCCGAGGAUGGCCGGGCCUCGGGGCGCCGCAGCCGGGCCGGGCCGGACCCCCGGGCAGCAUCCGUGCGGGGGGAGCCGCAGGGCAGAGCAUGAAGCUGCCUCUCCGAAGUAGACCGCCGCUCUCCGCCUAGGGGACUCCUCUCGGGAGCCAGGCCGGCGCCCAUGCAGCGCUAGGCCCGGAGGACGGACCGCAGGCGGCCCCACGAGACCCGGCGCCCCGGCCCAUGCUGUCCUCGGGGGGCGCCCGGAGCAGACCCUGGGUCGUGUCGGCAGCAUGCCUUCCUCGAGCUCGCCGCCCGAGGACAAGGCCAAGGGCAAGGCCGCCGCCCCCGAGGAGAAGGCCAAGGGCAAAGCCCUGUUGGGCCUGGGCUCCCUCGUCGGGAAUCGGAGCGAGAAAAUCGUCAUUGCCAGGAGCGACAGCGCCCCCGAGGAGAACGUCCUGAAGAUCACCAUAACGGAGACCACGGUGAUCGAGUCGGACUCGGGCAUCUGGAACUCGCACGCCCUCCUCUACCUCACCCUGUGGUUCUUCUUCAGCUUCUGCACUCUGUUCCUCAACAAGUACAUCCUGUCCCUGCUAGAAGGCGAGCCCAGCAUGCUGGGAGCCGUGCAGAUGUUCUCCACCACGCUGAUUGGCUGCAUUAAGAUCUUUGUUCCUUGCUGUUUAUAUCAGCACAAAGCCCGCUUGUCUUAUCCAUCUAAUUUCAUCAUGAUAAUGAUAUUUGUGGGACUAAUGAGAUUCGCCACAGUGGUCUUGGGGCUGGUUAGCUUGAAAAACGUGGCUGUUUCAUUUGCCGAAACGGUGAAAAGCUCGGCUCCUAUCUUUACGGUUAUAAUGUCUAGGAUGAUUUUGGGAGAAUACACUGGACUGCUGGUGAAUCUGUCCCUCAUCCCUGUUAUGGGUGGGCUCGCACUCUGUACUGCUACUGAAAUCAGCUUCAACGUCUUGGGAUUCUCUGCUGCCUUGUCUACUAACAUCAUGGACUGUUUGCAAAAUGUGUUUUCAAAAAAGCUCCUCAGUGGGGAUAAAUACCGAUUUUCCGCCCCUGAGCUUCAGUUCUACACCAGCGCCGCUGCUGUGGUCAUGCUCAUUCCGGCUUGGAUCUUUUUCAUGGAUAUGCCAGUGAUUGGAAAGAGUGGGAAAAGUUUCCAUUAUAAUCAAGAUGUCAUCUUGCUGCUCCUCAUGGAUGGCGUCUUGUUCCAUCUUCAGAGUGUCACAGCUUAUGCCUUGAUGGGAAAGAUCUCCCCUGUCACUUUCAGUGUGGCCAGCACAGUCAAGCACGCGCUGUCCGUCUGGCUGAGUAUUAUUGUGUUUGGGAACAAGAUCACCAGCCUGUCAGCCAUCGGGACGGUUCUGGUGACCGUCGGUGUGCUGCUCUACAACAAAGCCAAGCAGCACCAGCAGGAGGCGAUGCAGAGCUUCGCCAUGACUGCCAGCCCAAGCGCCCCGGAGGAUUCGGAACCACUGAUUGCCAAGGACUCCAAGCCGUACCACUGAUCCUGGCCUGCCGCUGCCUUCUGCACCCUGUGGAAGCUGCUCCUCUGCUCACUGCUGACGUCUUGAUCGUUCCUUUAGAUGAGUAGGUGGGGACUGGGGAGCACGACAAGACAGCUGUACGGUGAAGAAGCUGCAUGUUCUGCUGCCCGAGAGCUAUUCUGGGAGACCUGAGCGUCGCCAGCAUUAGUGAAAGGUGUUUCCUUCUUUCUGUCAGGAGAACUGCAACAGGACAAGAGAUCCCAAGCAUCAGCACCCUGGAGAGGGGCAGCUGCAACCUAGUACUGUCACCAGAAUAAUGUGAAAAAUAAAAAGUGACCUGCCACUGUUUUUGAACUUGUUGUCGGGGGCUGGAACGGGGUGCCCUGCAGAAAACAAGCACCGUCACUGUCACCACGUUCCUAUGGAAUGAGUUUGGGGCAGCCCAGGACGUCUGAUGUUUGGAAGCUGUGAAGGUGGAGCUCAAGAUCCAGGUGCCAAGGUGAAUGUUUUUCUGCAUAUACUGCCCACAGAAAUCACUGAACUUUCCAGUUGGAAUUUGCUAGAAAACUGAGAAUCCAACAGAGGUUUGGGUUCUCUGAUUCCUACAUGCCCUUAAAUGAAAAAGAAACCAAGACAGAUGAAUCUUGUAGAUGAUCACCCCUGGGGGGGAUUUCAUGACAUUUUUUUUUCACAAUCUGUGAUAAGCCUUCAGUCCAGAAGGAUGUUACCGGGGUUGCUUAUUGGCCAGAAACAGCAAAACCGGUUGUCCUGGGGACCAGAAGUUUGCUGAAGUGAUGAUGGCUCUCUGUGGAACACAGGGUGCUGGGAGAAUGUUACCUACCUUGCGCACCCUUUUCCCACUGGCCCCUAAAGGAGGAAGAUUGAGGGCAAGGACGAGAGUGGGGUCCUUGCUGUCAAUACCUCCGUGCUUUGCCUUUAAAAAAAUCUCAUAUAACAUACAUAUUAAAAAAACAAGCAAACUAGUGAUAGAUCCUAGCAUGAAAUAUGUAGAAAAAAGGGGUCAUUUCACAGGCUUGCUUUAAAUUAUGGAGUGCAAUAAAGAAAGGAGCAUCUCUCCCCUGACCCCCUCCACCCCAAGCUCUUUAGAAAACUAUGCUGUUCUCUUGUGCUGAAGGGAUUUCUCUUCCUGUCCAGUUGGCCAGCUGAGUGCACCCAUGUAUAAUGUCAGCGGCCCCCUGACUCUUGAUGGUGUGGGGGGAGGGAAUGGAAUAGUAACUGUUAGUUUCUGGCUCUGGCUGAUUUAAAACAGAAUGUCUCAUAUGUUAUAAUUAUUUAGGGUCAUCUUUUAAGAAUAGGUAUGCUUUUGUUUUAAAUUUACUGUUAUAUGAUGCUAAUGCUGGGUAGUUUUCUUUCUUAUUUAGCAUUGACAGGGUUAGAGCUACCACUACCUCCCCUCCCCGCUUUUGCCACUCAUUAACUUUAUGAAGAUUUCAAUUUUGUUCCUUUUUUUUCUUUCUAUAUUAAUUUAUGAGUAUAGAAAGAAAACUGGUUAAAAAAACAUGUUAGUGUUUACAUUUUUGGUUCUAAUACAGUUUAAAAUGAUACUAUGGUUAAAAAACAAAUGGAUAGAUGGGCUUUUAGAGUAGAUUUCAGGGAAUAAAAAAAUUAUGCUUUGUAGGAAAAGCUAUAGAAUCUCAACUAAUAGCUUGUCUUCUUCCUCCCCGCUUAGCUCCAAGUGGCCUAAGGAAGGACCCUAAUGUCUUUUAUGACCUUUCCUUCUGUUUAUGAGGUGCCUCCAUUUCAAAACGUCUUGUCUAAAAAGUACAGUUUGCGUUGUGACUCCAAAGUUACAGAAGUUGGUUCAGGAUUCCAGCUUCUCCCCUACUGGUGCCCUUCCCAGUGUCUGUUAACCUCCCUGGAGUGAUUUGUAAGUUGAAUUGUCGUAUUAGAUGGAGUUAUUUUAGAAUGGAGUGAUCUGGAGACAACUGACCUGUUUUCUACAGGCUGACCUCUCAGCUUUGAGGACCAUUGAAGAGGGAAGUGGAAAAGGCAGAAAUUUCAGUGACAUAUAUUAUUGUAGUGCAUUCUAAAAAAUAUUCUUCAGAUUGAAGUUUUGGGUCUCAGUGAUGGUCUACACUGGCUUUCUAUCCCCAUUUUUAACCUGGAGAAGGAAAGGGGGAAGGGAUUUUCCUAUAAUUGGAGUUAGUCAGUUUUUCAUUCUGUAGCCGGAAGAUUCUCAGAGUCAGCUGAUUGAUAAUGGGAUUUUUUUUUUGGUCACUAACAACAGAGAAAAGGGCUACUUGGGGUCCUUUAUGUUAUACCGUUCCCUUCCCCCAUCUCAUUUCCUCUCCCUCCUGCCCAGCUUAGCUUCCCAUAAUUAUCUCAUUAUCUUUCUGCUUGGCUUCUCACCUGGAAAAAUGUAAAAUGCUUUGAAUAACUACUCUUGUAGAUCAAAUCUUUCUGAAACAAAAGAGCAAUAAUUAAGUCUCAUUAAGUUUUGCCUGUUUGAAAUGGCUUUCCUCUGAGCAGGAGAGCAAACAGCAGGCCUUUUAGCUUGCAGAGACCUCUUCAGUUAAACUCAUGUAUGCAGUGGACCUUCCAGAUUUGUUUACUCAGACUCAGAAGAAUUUUGUCUCUGGUGACAUUCCCUUGAAACCACUUUUCCUUUUUCUCUGAAAAGAGAGGGUGAUAUUAAAGAAAAUUCACUUCCUAUUGCUGUGUUGGGGGCGUGGAGGGAGUCUGCUGCUCUGUGAAGACAAAUUUGAGAUGAUGUCACCAAGUCACUGAAUAGAUGACAUGUGAUAAGAGACGACACGGAUCUCCGAGUCCUCUUCACUCAAACCAUCUUCCCUUUCUCCGCCUCUUGAAAAUAACACUCAGCUGGAAAGGGCUUAAAACUUUGAUGGCUGAUUGCUGAGUUGCCAAGAGUUGACAUUUGCAAGAUUUGCCACUGAUCAAGAAUGACAGAUCCCCUGGAAUCUGUUCUGUGAGUCUUGAAUAAGCUUCCCAAGACCUAUGUUUACUCAGAGAGCUAAUGAGCCAGCGGCUUCUGAAACAGCCUAUAAUCUAGAUUUAAGAAAACAAAAAGAAAACGCACAACUCUCUUGUAUCCAGACCUUCUUGACUUGAGAAACUUGUCCUCCCUCUCCCCCAAAAAACCCACCACAAAAACCAAUCCAACAACUCAAAACACAGAUUGAUAAAUAUGAAUUCAUUGUUCAAUCAAUAGAUGAGGCAACAACAUAUCACACAAUUGUUUCUGAAAAUCUUUAGUGAUAUGGAAGACUUCAUAUUUCCUACAUCCAUCCACCAGACUUGGGACCUCAUUUUGGAUUGAUCGUCCUCAUUCUCCGUUGAGUCACCCAAAUGCCAUUGGUAGAUGUUCUGGGGUCCCUUUACACCUAGGCAAUGUAUAUGUACAGAGAUGGUCUAUUUUUGUUACUUUGGCUAAGGCAUUUUAGUAAUGAUAGCCCAUUCUACUUGAGCAGUCAUCAGUGUGUCCAUGGGAACAAAUACAUGUUUUGUUAGCUUUUCACACUGUUAACUUGGCACUGGUGGUGUACCAAGAGUUUAUGUUCGUUAUCUGUGUCAUUUGUGAAAGAAAAAAAAAAAAAACUUAAAUCCAUUCCUUUGGAUUUGGUCCACUUCCUUGAUUGGGAUAGAGAUGUAGUGUGGCAGGAGUGGGGGUUGGAUCUUAGCCCCAAGGACAUGUAGAAAACCAUGCUUCUGAGCAAGCCAUUAAUCUGUCAUGAUCCCAGGCAGCUCUCCAAGAUCCCUAAGUUACAAGGGCUGAUCUACAGAGUUGGAAGGUUCCAAAUUUGUGGGUGCAGUGGAGGCGCAAACAUAGGGAAUGUGGCUUCUGACCAGUCAUUGACAUGUAUUGUUUCCAGUUCAAUCUUAUAAGCAUUUAUUAGCCACCUACUAAACUUUAAGACACUAGGGAUAUAGCCUACAGAGCAGAAGAAAGGCAAUGUGCCCUAGUGGACAGAGGGCCAUUAUUGGAAUCAGGGAAACCUAGGUUUAAAUCCUGCCUCUUGACACUGGCUAUAUAACCCCUAAACUUCUUGGUGCUUCCAGGCAACUCAGAGAGUACAAGUUACAAAUGAGUAGCCUAUCUACAGUGGUAAAAAGGCCACCCACCAAGAGUUGAUGUGGAAUAGCAAUUAAUAAAAUUUAAUCUGCUUUAUAAUUUAAUUUAGCAAUAGCAAUUAAUAAAAUUUAAUCUAAAUGCCCCUCCCACCCCUAAUUAUAAAACAAAGAAGCAAGCAGAAAAGUUUAAUGGAUAUGGAGUUCUACAAAAUUUUUCAGAGUCUAUGAAGAUAUUUCCAUUCUUUUGUUAAAUUCCAAUGGAUGUAUCUGUGGUUGCCUUUUUUUAAUCGCUAAUUUUAAGCACACAAAUAAAAGCCAUUGCUGAGCAUAAAGGGAUUAUGUCCCAGUUGUGUAACUAAGUCUACAAUCCGGGCAUCCUGUCUCUGUGGCUCUAGAAUGGUUAAAGGACAAGAGUGAUAAGGCCUUAGUUUUCUGUCUUAUUAUUUGAUUGCUGUUGAACUGUUGGGAGAUGUGCAGGAGACUGUCCUUGACGAGGACUGUGGCUUGUCUGGUGGAUCCAACAGGCUGAUGCAUACUUAGGAUUUUGAAUAUUGCUUUUUGAAAUGCAGUAGUUGAACCCAGACUACCAAUCAUCCCCUCUUUCAGCAGGGACAUACUGAGGGGGAGCCAACACGGUUGCAGCCGCGCCGUAUAGUCUUAUCUUCUUAUAGCAGCUGGUAAAAUUGCUCCAUUGCUGAACCUCCCUGAACAGAUUUGGAAUACGUGAAUGAGACAUCAGUUUGGAGUUUUUCUAGUUUUGAAUCGAAAGCCCUGAUGGCCAUGGUCAACAGCAGUCGCUGUGGUAUCAUUCUUUCGUUCUUUUAUGGGAGAUGAUUUAUCAUCAUCAGUUGAUUCUUCAUCAUUCCUUCUUUUCAAUCGAAAUUCUUGGAAUUUCAAUUCCUCUGUUAUUGAUCCUUCCCGCACUGUUUCCUCCUCGGGGACAGCAAGAGACAUAACUCUCGGUGUUCUUCCUUCUUGGAACUCCUCCAGAGAUGUUGGAGGGAAUUUCUGUAUUCCAGAUCUUUGGCUUGUGAAAUGGGAGAAAGACCCAUUGGUCGAGGUCUCAUGCUCCAUGAUAAGCUACUGGACGAGCUUGGUGAGAGCUCUGACAUCCUGGUGAGACUUAAUUAGUUCUCUGUGAUCUUCUCAGUGUGGAUAUUCACUGCAGUCAUUAUCCACACACAGCUCGCUCAUACUCUUCAGUGUCGGUGAGCUCACAGAAAGUUGAAGGGGGGAGCAAGCCAGUGUGCCAGAGACCUUCCUCAAAAUUUGACUGAUGAUGUGACAGUGUCCUUCUCCCUCAUAUCGCUGGGUUACUCUUCAGUGUCGGUGAGCUCACAGAAAGUUGAAGGGGGGGAGCAAGCCAGUGUGCCAGAGACCUUCCUCAAAAUUUGACCGAUGAUGUGACAGUGUCCUGCUCUCUCUGCUCUCUCAUAUCGCUGGUUCAUGUCUUUCCUUUUUUUCCCCCUCAAGCAUCUUCAGUUGGCAUAGAAAGCUUUUAUUUAAAAACCCCAGUGAUCAUUUUAUUCCUAUGAGCUGUAGUUCCACAUGUCUAGAGUGUUGGGGACCCUCUCAUACAGGUAUCUUUUUGAUUUUAAAGACAAUACAACAUGGCAGUCAGAACAGUGUAAAGACCAUGUCAAAGAAAGUUGUCUCUUACACCCCUUCUGUUCCCAAUGUCCAUUAAUUUUCAAAGAUAUUUCCAAACCAUUGGGUUCUCUCUUCUAUGCUCACAAUUUGAUAUGAAUUGUCCCACAGAAAAAUGUUGGAUCAUUUGUAGUGUUAAAGCAAGUAUCAUAUGGCUUUUGCAUUUGGCAAGUGAUGCUAUGAUUUGAAGCCAGAAAGUAGUUCCUUUGCUUCCUCAGGUAGAAAAGGGAAAUAAAGGUAGGACUAUGGACCAGGGAUCAUUUCUUUCUUGCUUUAAGCCAACCCAGAAUUAAGGGGUUGAUGUUUUUGGAGCUGAUCUGCCCAUUUCCAGGUUUGGGGUGCUUUCUUCUCUUAUUGGAUAAAGUUAGUCGAGCCUCUGAACUCUGUUUUUCUCUUUGCCAGCCAAGGCCCCAUGCACCCUGGUGCCAGGUGCUCUGGCUCCAGUUUUGCUUUAUAGGCUGCCUUAGGAGCACUGGUCUCCCCUUUCUCCCUUCCCUCUUUUAUAAUUUAGAAUGAUGAGAUGUUACCUUAGAGAUGGGACUUUGGUGCUUUGCCCAGAUACCUAAAUUUCAUCUGGGGGAAAAAAAAACAAAACUCUGCAACCUCUGCUCUGUCUUCUAGAACAUUUUUUUUUUCUAUUUUCUUUUGGGGCACCAUAGCCCAUCUUUGAUCUGUUACUCUCAACCCUCUUAAAUAAGUGUUGGUAAGAUGCGCCACCCUUUAGACAUGAGAUGAAAGGGUCAAUAAAAAAGCUCUUUGCUGGGGAGGGCACAGGGCCUGGCCCUAGGAUCAUAGGGACCAAGUUAAUGAUGAACGAGUGCUGGAGAGGAAGUGAGCCAGUUUUGUGGGUUUGACCAUGGGUGUUUAUAUCCCACUCUUAAUCACCGGUUACCAUCCUGAUGAUGUGCCGAAGACUCUCAAGUUCCCCAAACACCCAUAAACUAGGGUCGCUUGACUCAGGAAAGCCACCCACAAACAGCUUACUUACUCAGUAAGCAUCCUUAGCUGAAACGGAGGCUAGCCAAGAAACUACUUGUUUGGUUGGUUCAUUUGAUCCUUCAGCAGCCUACAUGUAUUCGUUCUACCUUUGCUAAACCGAAACUUUGAAUAUUCCUUUUUUUUUUUUUUUUUUUUUUUUCCUCAAGGCAGUUAAGGUUAAGUGAUCUGCUCAGAAUCACACAGCUAGAAGGUGUUUGAGGUCACAUUUGAACUCGGGUUCUUGUGACUCCAGGGCCAGUGCUCUAUCCACUGCAGUUCUCCCUUGGCAGCUUGUGAGUCUUAACCAAAUUAAAAGCUGUGCAUUUGAGGGAGGGUCCUAAGUGCUGUAUCCUUGGCUCUUUACAAAUUGUUUCCUCUGAGAGUUUUAUAUCUGCCUGUUGGAUUAAUAAGGACUAGAAUGUAGAAAGGUAUGCUGGAGGGAAGCAGAGAGAACACUUAAAUUUGCCUUAAGCAGCUGUGGUUGCAGAGAGAUUCUAAAACUUCCUUGAAACAAAGGAAACUCCCCCUACCCCCACCCCUCCUCCCCCCCCCCCCCCCAAUCGAGUCCACAUCACCACCAAGUGGAAGAACCAAUCCUUUCUGGCUGUCCAAAUGCCAACAAGGGAGUUCCAAGUUCCAGACUUGCCACACCAUUAUCUAAGUGUCUCUGUGUACAAAUGGGAAUUAUUUUUUAAAUAAAAUAGUGAGUUUUCCAUUUUGAGAAACUUGAAAAUAGCAACAGUAACUGCUUCUUCUACACUCGAGCCAAACUAUAUUUAUUAAGCCAAACCCACAACACGUAGAACAAAAACCACACCAUACAAGAUGUUUAUAGGUAUUUUGUACAUUGCCUCUGGCAGUAUUUCUGUAACUUAAGUUUGUUGCUUUCUCUAAGAUGUUCUUCAUGUGUGAUUUGGUUUGUCACUGUUUUAAUUCUUUUGUGUGGUAAUAGGUUGAUAACUGAUAAAUCCUGUGGAUGCCUCUUGGCUGUUCUUUUGUUAUGGGUAAAACAAACGGGUUAGUUUCUUUUCAUGAGCAUUGUUCUGGAAAAGUCAAAUAAAAUCGAUAUUUGUGCUUCUA